AGUUUGAGUUCGGAGAUUGGCAGAGAUAUCGCCUGCGAGCAUUUGUGCAAGCCAUGGGCCUUUCCGGAUCCCAUUUGCACUGCGACACCGUGAGGGAUGUGAGGCCAUUCAUGACAGAGAUCAUAGUGGUCAAUCAGAUGCAGACACCCGUUCUCAUCAUCGAGGCUGCCCAUCACGGAGAUGCCACGCCGCUGCAUGGCAUCGAACACCAGGUCCCUCCCGGAGAACAUGCCAUCAUGUCGGGCUACCUGGUGGAGCCCCGCGCCACGCUCUUCGUGCGCACGGGCCUGCACAGCGCCAGCAAGAUCCUGGUGCCAAACUGUGGCCGCAUAUUCAUCUCCAACCAGCCGCAUGGACUCAAAGUGGAGACGGUCGAUGAGAAGGUGUCCAUUGAGGACUUUGCUGGUGACGCAGCUCGGAUCAAAGGUAACGACACAGUGCCAAUGUUGCUGCGCAACGAACACUUCAAGGAUAUCGUACCCAACAGCAACGCGACUCUGAAGACGAUGGGCGGGGCCUGAGGACCGAGAUUGCUCGAGCUUUGAUUUUGGCAUUUGAAUUUGGGUUUGAUCCUUUUGGGAACGGAACCCGCGCGUGUGGCAGAGAGCAUGCUGCAUGUGUAUGUGUAGUGCACAGUGAGCACAGUGCCCAGCACGUGCUAAGUAUUUUUCACCAAGCCUUGAGAAGCUGUACAGAGUAUGUCCGGAUUUGGGCACUGAGCUUACAAACUUUCAACGACCUUGUUCACAUUGCAGAUGUAAUGUGAACGACUGGCUGCAUGAUUGGAACACAUCCUUCGCUUCAAUUCAGCCCUGGAUGCAAGGUCAGGGAAGCUUUUGUGUUGCUGCGAGCGCAGCUCACAAGCAAGCAUGAAGUGCGGGAAAUCCUAAGUGACCAGCACUGAUUUAGUUGCAUGCCUGGGUGCGAACUUUCCGCCCAAGCUUCGUCCUGGCCCUGGUUUGCCAGCGGUGUGCUGAGUGUGGCACCACCAGCUCCUAGAUGAGGUAGGAGCACUGGAUGCAUGCGACGCGCACCUCAGAUUGAAAGGCG